ACGCGAGCGCGAAGAUGCUACAACAUUAGUUCUUCUGCUUUCGGCACAGUAUAAGCCUAAAGAAGGAGCAGCAGUGAAAGUGCAAAUAUCAGUUUUGCCCCAGCAAACCGUUGAAACGAUUUCCACCAUGAAGUGUGUUGCAUUGUUGGCGCUGGCCAUGUUUGGCUGUGCUCUGGCUCAGGCCCCCGUCCCGAACGAUGGUCGCUACUAUCCCGAGUACUACGAGACGAAGUGGGAUGAUGGCCGCUGGCGUCCCGACGGUCGUGGCCGUUACGACGAUGGCAAGUACCGUCCGGGAGCGCCGGGCAAGGUAGGCGGCUCGGGUGGCUUCGGAGGUGCUGGUGGUGCAGGAGGAUUCGGCGGCGGUGCUGGCGGUGCUGGCGGAUUCGGCGGUGCUGGUGGUGCUGGUGGAUUCGGUGGUGCUGGAGCUAGCGGUGCCGGCGGUAGCCGUUUCGGAAGCGGAUCGGGCAGCGGCAACGCUGGUGCUGGUGGAUUCGGUGCCUCGGGCUUCGCUAGCGAUAGCGGCAGCUCGUUCUCGGCUGGUGCGUUCAACGAUGGCGGUGCUGCUGGUGCCGCGGCUGGUGCUGGAUCUGGAUUCGGUGGUGCUUCGGCUGGUUUCGGUGGUGCGGCCGCUGGAUUCGGUGCUGGCGCCGGUGCCGGUGGUGCUGGAGGAUCGCGCUUCGGAGCUGGAGGUGCCGGUGGUGCCGGAGGCGCUGGUGGUGCUGGAUCGGGAUCGCGCUUCGGAUCGGGUUCGGGCUCGGGCUCGGGUGCGGGCACUGCCUCGCGCUUCGGAAGCGGCAGCGGAAACAACGGUGGUGAUGCCGGAUACGAGAAGAUCAAGGAGCAGGUGAAGCAGUUCAACGACGACGGAUACUACUACAAGUACGCCAACGAGAACAACAUUGAGGCUGCCGAGUCGGGCAAGAUUGACGACCGCAACACCGAGAACGAGACGCUCCGUGCCAAGGGAUACUACGAGUACAUCGGCGAUGAUGGCCAGAAGUACCGCGUGGACUACGUUGCCGACGAGAACGGUUUCCAGCCGCUCGGCGACCAUCUGCCGACGCCGCCGCCGACGCCCGAGCCGAUCGCCCGUGCCCUGGAGUACAUUGCGAGCCAGCAGCGAAAGUAAAACCAUUCUGUCUGAGAGCCUCGGGUAAGCGAGGCAGUCAGCUUCGUCAGAAAUCAGUCAGAAGUGUCAGUCAGUCAUGGGGACAUUGUCGCCACCGUGGCUUGCCACGCGAUGGGUGCAACAACUUUUCCAACGAUCGAUUCGCUCGAUCCCGCCACAAAUGAACUGUGUUCUAUUGUAAAUUAUUAGUUUUCGACAUCGAAUAAACGAGCGUUAAGUGAAAUUUUAAAA